ACGUUGUAGAUUAUCCAAUCAGAUAUAGCGCUUUUCGCUAGAAACAACCAAUCAGUAACUGUCAGGCAUUGACCAAUCACAAUUCACGCAAUUUUGAUAUAAAUACGAAGCGGGCGUUUUGAAAUGCCAGUUGAUAUAUUAUCUACAUCACAGAAAGAAUGGCACGUACCAAGCAGACCGCUCGCAAGUCCACAGGAGGAAAGGCUCCUCGCAAGCAGCUGGCCACCAAGGCAGCUCGCAAGUCCGCCCCAGCUACCGGCGGAGUCAAGAAGCCCCAUCGCUACAGGCCAGGAACCGUUGCUCUUCGUGAGAUUCGUCGCUACCAGAAGAGCACCGAGCUUCUCAUCCGCAAGCUCCCCUUCCAGCGUCUGGUCCGUGAGAUCGCUCAGGACUUCAAGACCGAGCUCCGCUUCCAGAGCUCCGCCGUCAUGGCCCUCCAGGAGGCCAGCGAAGCUUACUUGGUCGGUCUCUUCGAGGACACCAACCUGUGCGCCAUCCACGCCAAGCGUGUCACCAUCAUGCCAAAGGACAUCCAGCUUGCCCGCCGUAUCCGUGGCGAGCGUGCUUAAUUUGUCGGCUUGACAGUAUUAAACGGCUCUUUUUAGAGCCACCAUAUUUUCAAGAAAGAACAAACUGAACUCUAUGAAAGAAUAACAGAAAAUCCCUGGAAAUCACCCCCCUCCA